AGGAAAAAGUAGAAGCGUAGAAGCGUAGAAGCGAAGGAAGCGAUUGCCGACGGGUGCAUAUGGUAACCCAAUGAACAUUUAUUUUAUCCGAUUGAGAUUUGCCAUUUGAGGCUUGGGAGUUGGGAGCACUGAAAGAGAUGGGAUUGCUGUCAAAUAAGAUCAGCAGAGAGGAACUCAAGCCUGGAGAUCACAUCUAUUCAUGGAGGACCGCCUACCUCUACGCUCAUCAUGGGAUAUAUAUUGGGGAAGAAAAAGUGAUCCACUUCACUCGGGGAGCAGGCCAGGAGAUUGGUACAGGAACUGUGUUAGACCGUAUCAUUGUCAGCUCAUCUCCUUCUCAUUCUACUGGCAAUCCAUGCCCAAGAUGUGGUGAUCAAUCAAGGCUAGAUGGUGUCAUAUCUUCCUGCAUUGACUGUUUUCUUGAUGAGGGGGAUCUCUAUCUCUUUCAGUAUAGUGUCUCACCUGUAAUUUUUCUUGGCAAAGCUCGAGGAGGAACCUGCACCCUUGCUGCUUCUGAUCCACCAGCUGAUGUCAUUCAUCGUGCUUCCUUCCUCCUCCAGAAUGGUUUUGGUGUCUAUCAAAUUUUCAGGAACAACUGUGAAGAUUUUGCAAUCUACUGUAAAACAGGUUUGCUUGUGUUCACUAGCAUCAGUGUGGGCCGCAGCGGACAAGCUGCAUCCUUCUUAGCUGCUGCUAGCGCUGUUGUUUCUUCACCACUUAGAUUCCUGACUACCAGCUUUAGUGGUCUGGCUGUAGUAGGUUGUGCUAUGUAUUGUGCUAGUCGAAUUGUUUCUGAUAUUGGAGUACGUCGUGAUGUGACUAAAGUACCGGUUGAGAGACUUGUUGCCGGGUCCAGCAUAGAUGAAUCUGUAAUGGCCAACGAAGACUCUACAACUGAGACAGGCAAGGAAGACUCAGCAAGUGAGACAGGCAAGCAAGAGACUACAACCGAGACAGGCAAGGAAGACCCUGCAGCUGAGACGGGCAAGGAAGAUUCUGCAACUCACAUAGUGAAGGAGGUAGCACCUGUUGUUUCGUAACUGUGAAAAAUGUGCUCUUGAUUACGUUUUGGCUUGUUCCCAUCAGAAGUGUGGUUACUACAUUUGUUCUGAAGUAACCAGCUCUUCAUAUUAAGGAUUAACAUUGUCCGUUUAUCAUGAAGAGUGUUUAAGGCUUUGUUCUUUUUAUUUUUAUUGUGGUUUGGUGUUGUUUGUCAUAUAUAUUUGGGUGUAUACAAGUAAUGAUUAUGUCUUUUGGUUUCACUC